CUUGUUUUUCCACCUUUGCACUUGUGUCUGUCCUCUUUAAAUGUUUCUGCUGGUUUAGAUGCCACGAGAUCACGUGCGGUCGUGACAUCCACUAAACGCGCUUUCAUAGUCAACUGUAAGACGAACCUGGGUUGAAAGUUGGACAAACUCAGCACACGCUCUCUGGCUACAUAGAACGUCUAAUUGACCCAAUCAUGUUUAGAGAGAUUGCAGACUCUGACGAUGAUUUGGAUGGAGACGACAGCCUACCUGUGCCAUUGAAUAAUGGCGAUUGGAGCGAGCACGCAACACGCUCGACAGGCUCAACGGAUCCCAUCUUGUUUCAGCAGGUCCUUGCUGAACAAAGUGAAGCUGCGAAGAAUGUGAAAAGGAACGCAACGAAUUAUUCCAAGCAACCCCAGAAUGAUACCCAGGACACAGAAGAAUGUGGCGAUGUCCAUUAUGGCGGCAGCGACACUGGCUCAUUACAACCACAACAGCCUCCUUGCGAUCUUUAUGACGUUCCCAGCAGCCCUCUAGGUGCCGUGUUAAAUGGGACUUUAGCAAAACCAUCGUUUCUUGUCGACAACUCCUUUGAGCCACAAGCAACUGGACCAACACCUCCGUCAACAAAUUCUCUCGUUGUCAUCCCCCAACGGCUCAGCAUUGAAGAACAAGGCCAAUAUCAAGCGUAUGACAUUGGCUCUACAGAUUCCUAUCCACCAACAGCUGGGGCUUUCACCAUCGAGCAUGAACCUAGUAGCGUAGCUACAGUCGUGAACACACCAGGGAAAAGAAUACACCAGGUGCUUCAGAUCACCCAUUUAGAUGUGUCGCCGUAUGUCGAAGACGACGGUAAAGUCAACCGUGAUGAAUCCCCUCAUCAAGCAAGCGAUACUCCACGGACAAGAAGCAGAAAAUCGCCAAAAAGGGGCCCAAGUAGCUCACAAGAGCUGUCGCCGAUGACGAAGGAUCAAACCACCACCGCGACACCUGUGAAAGGCAAGAAAAGAGGACGGCCAUCGCGAAAGGUCCAGGUCGCUGAAGAUGAUGAUGCAGUGGAGGAACCAGUGAUCGAAAUGCCUCGCAAACGACGAGGACGCCCGAAGAAAUCAGCCAAGAUGGUCGAGGAAGAAAAUCCAACUGAUGACACAAUAGUCGAGGACCUUACGACUGAGCCAGAGAAGACCGAAGCAGAUAUCCAGGCGUCAGGCCAACAUGGGGAGGUAUCUGUCCGCACAGUUGAAGCCCUACCAGACAGUGAGGAGGAGGACGAUGCGCCGGUCUUUGCUGAACCAGACGAGAAGGCGGUCGAGACAGCUAGCGCAACAAGCUCAAAGGCUACAAAUGAUACAAAGCCUGCAGCUGCAGUAUCCCUUCUGAAGCAGGCUCACCGUCCAGCGGUUUUGGCCUCAGCCGACAAGCCGGUGUACCGCAUUGGGCUGAGCAAACGCCAACGCAUGCCGUCAUUGCUGAAGAUGGUUCCCAAGAAAUGAGCAGUGGCCGGUAACAAUCGGGAUUAUUAUAUACAUUUGGGACUGGUGACGAAUUAUGAUACUUAGCGGACAACACGUCAGAUAUACAUGUACAUGGAAGAAAGGUGGGAGUUGUAGCUUAUACCCGCAUCAGAAGAUGCACAUGUAAUGCAUAUUGCUUGUUUUAAAUUAUUUGAUGCUACAGCUUGCAGCGAUUUAAUGUUUACUUUACUAUUAAUUCCUUUGUCUUCUUUAAAUAAUUAUGAAGAGUGACUUCUACUGGGCGUCAUGUCGUAUAAUCGUACACUCUGUUAUACGCUAUAAAUAAGCGCCCAACAGUGGCCUUCAGCGCAUUUUCGACAGCCCCGCAC